AUGCUGCUGCGGGCCCCACACUGGACUAUUCGCUCCUCUCUUUGUUUUCUUCUCCCAACGUUGAUCAUCGGCUUCAACCUGGACACGAACCAUGUGGUCAGGAAAGACGGAGAACCGGGGAGUUUGUUUGGUUUUUCUCUGGCCAUGCACCGGCAGAUCAACCCGGAUCAAAGAGUAUUGUUGAUCGGAGCCCCAAAGGCGAAAGCUUUAGGAGUUCAAAAAGCCAAGAUCACUGGAGGCCUUUACAAAUGUGAACUCACCGUGUCCUCUGAUUGUCAGCGUGUUGAAUUUGACAGCGAAGAGGAUGUCCGUGUGGAGAAUAAGGAGGACCAGUGGAUGGGAGUGACUGUUCAGAGCCAGGGGCCGGGGGGAAAGAUAGUGACAUGUGCGCAUCGUUAUCAGAGACGGCUGUUUGUGAACACGCCUCAGGAGUCUUUAGACAUCACAGGACGCUGCUAUGUCCUGAGCCAGGACCUGACCAUCGACAACUUGUCUGAUGAAGACGGAGGGAACUGGAACUUCUGCCAGGGUCGAGCCAGAGGCCACGAGAUGUUCGGCUCGUGUCAGCAGGGCCUGGCUGCUGUUUUUACGAAGGACUAUCACUAUGUGAUCUUUGGAGCGCCAGGAGCCUACAACUGGAAAGGUAUUGUACGAGUGGAGCAGAAAAACAACACUUUGCUGGAGAUGGGGAUUUAUGACGACGGCCCGUAUGAGGUGGGAGAUGAGAACCUGCUGAACUCAGAGCUGGUUCCUAUGCCGGCCAACAGCUACCUCGGAUUCUCUCUGGACUCAGGCCACAGCAUCAUGAGAAGUCGGGGUCUGACGGUGGUUGCUGGUGCGCCCAGAGCCAACCACAGCGGAGCGGUGGCUUUGCUCAAGACGGAGGACGAGGGCUCCACCAGGCUGUCAGUGGUGCACACGCUACAGGGGCCCGGCCUGGGAUCUUCUUUUGGAUACGACCUGGCUGUGGUUGACCUCAACCUUGAUGGCUGGCAGGACAUCGUGGUGGGGGCCCCGCAGUUCUACAUGAAGGACGCCGAAGUGGGAGGAGCCGUGUUUGUCUACAUAAACCAGGAAGGACACUGGGAGCGGGUCACUCCUAUCCGCCUCAACGGGACCAGAGACUCCAUGUUCGGUCUGGCCGUCAAGAACAUUGGAGACAUCAACCAAGACCAUUAUGAAGAUAUUGCCGUCGGUGCGCCUUUUGAUGACAAUGGAGCAGGGAAAGUUUACAUUUAUCACGGUUCAGCACAAGGCAUCAACAGUACUCCUGCACAGGUUCUCUCUGGAAAAAAACACAACAUUAAAUUCUUUGGAUAUUCCUUGGCUGGAAACAUGGAUUUGGACAGCAACUCGUACCCAGAUCUGGCGGUGGGGUCACUGUCAGACUCUGUAUUUAUUUACAGGGCACGGCCAGUCAUUAGCAUUUGGAAAGAUGUCAAAAUAACUCCACAGGAAAUUGACCUGACAAUGAAAAGCUGUGGCAACAGUAUUUGCUUCACAGUGGAUGCAUGCUUCAGUUACAGAUCAAACCAUGGCUCAUACAGUCCAAAAUUAACCAUCAGCUUCUCAGUGGAGGCUGAUGCAGUGCGCUGGUCGCAAGGCCUCCCAUCCAGAGUCGUGUUUUUGAACAAAUCUCAAUCUGAAAAUGACUUCAUCCAUAACGGCACUUUGGAGCUACGUGCACAAAACCAGGAAACGUGCAUUAAGCUAAAAGCAAAGCUGAAGGAAAAUAUUAAAGACAAGAUGCACAGCGUUCCCAUUGAAGUGUCUGCAGAUAUUGUGGGUCUAAAACGACAGAAGUCAAGGAAUGGCGUCCUACAGCUCCUGCCAAUAAUGGACCCAGCCAUGUCGGGAAAAGAGAUCAGUGAAGUAAACUUUUUAAAAGAGGGUUGUGGCGGCGAUCAGAUUUGCCAGAGUAACUUGAAGAUGAAUUACAAACUAUACUACAAGCACAACAACCAAGACACAUUCUCACCCUUACCUGUCACCAAUGGUGUUCCAGUGUUUCACCUGAACUACGAGAAGAAGGACUUGGCAGUGAAAGUGACAAUAAACAACUUCAAUGGAGAUGAUGCAUAUGAGGCAAAGUUGACUGGUAUAUUUCCUGACAAUCUCACCUAUUCUGGUGUGCGAUCCAAGGUGGAGAAACAAAUGAUCUGUAAGGCAAACCAAAAUGGGUCUCAAGCAGAGUGCGAGCUGGGAAAUCCUUUUAAGCGAGACUCAGAGACUGUGUUGUACAUCAUUCUGAGCACGGCAGGUCUAACAGCAGAUACAGAGGAGAUGGACAUCAACCUGGAGCUUCAAACAACCAGUGUUCAAGAAAACAUGGCGUUUUCCAUUAAAGUCCGAGUAAUAAUUGAAGUUCCAUUAACAGUGACUGGGAUGGUUAAUACAAAUACAGUGCAUUUUGGUGGAACAGUCAGAGGAGAAAGUGCCUUGAAAACAGAAGAGGAUAUUGGAAGUUUGAUAAGUUACAAGUUUACAAUAAAUAAUCGAUGGAAGGCCUCCACUCCUGCCUCGCUCCACAUUCACUGGCCAAAAUCUGCUUCAAAUGGGAAAUGGCUUUUGUAUUUGGUGAAAAUUACUGCUAAAGAAGGAGAUAAAGACAUUCGCUGUUUGCCAGAGUCGGAGGUCAACCCUCUCAAACAUAUCAAGGAGUCUCAUGAGUUCAGAGGAAAACGAGAGACUGGAGAGAGAAAAAUAGUGGAGAGAUUGGCAGGCCAAAGAAAAGUGUUGUCUUGUGAGGAUGGACUAAAAUGUGUGUUACUCAAGUGCCCCCUAGAGGGAAGGGACGGAACUACAGUUGAGCUCAUAUCUCGAUUAUGGAAUUCGACUUUUCUUGAGGAUUACAUUUCUUCAACACCUCUGGACAUCAUUGUUAAAGCCUCUCUUGUUCUGCACACGUCUGCUGCAAACACAGUUCUCAGAGCAUCAGACUCCAAUGUGACGGUGACAGUGUAUCCUGAGACCACCAUCGCUGCCUACGGAGGAGUGCCCUGGUGGAUAAUAAUGAUCGCAGUCCUAGCUGGCAUCUUAAUUUUAGCUUUACUAGUGUUUCUUCUGUGGAAGUGUGGUUUCUUCAAGAGAGCAACUAAAGACCAAUAUGACGCUGCGUAUCACAAGGCAGAGAUCCAUGUUCAGCCCUCUGACAAAGACAAACUGUCUACGGAGGCCUGA